AUGGCGGAACCAGCGGCGCAUCGAGCGAAGGACCGGCCUGUGAUAACUUUCACGAGGAACAAUCGAAACGGAAAAGGAAGUUCCGGAGGCGCCAACAAGCCUCCCGCCAAAGAUGAGAGUAUGAGCGAGGACGACAAUAACAACAACAACGGUGAGGAGGAGGACAACGAUCAGAGCGGUAUCGAUGAGGAAGCGCCAACUUCAACAUCCUCAACGAUAUCGAAGCGGAGUAGUAGUGGUGGUGGGAGCAAGUCCUCACGAAGGUCGACAGGCGGCUCCACAUCAACAACAGCGACUACAAGGGAUGAGGAGAUGGCCGACGAAGAUUCAUCAAAGAAUGGCAUGGUAAUUGAAGAGAGCGACAACAAUGACGAGAGUGGGGGCGGCGCCGAGCAAGACGAUGACCUCUCAAAGAAGCGAACCGAGUGUCUGGGCCACAUGGAGCGAAUAGAGAAGGAGUUUCAAGAGCUGAAGGAGAGGUUCUUUAAUGAGCGACUGAGUCAGAUAAAGAAGGACAUUGAGGAUAUCAAAGUUGGCGAUCACCAUGGCUUUCAAGAGAAGGCUAAGGAGUUGGAACAAAAGAAGGACAAGAAGAUAAAGAUGGCAGAGGGAUGGAUGCGAUUCCAAAUCCAGAAUAUUGACAAUAUAUACGAUGCCGAGAAACAACAGUUUGACAAUGAAUAUGAUGAUGAAUCGUUACUUCUCCGAGAGAGGAUGGUCAACUCAUUGUUUGAGAAGCAGAGACGUAUCUCUGAAGAGAAGGAGGCACUGCGACUGACGGACGACUCCAAGAUAGUGAGCAAGGCCAAGAAGCUGCAGAACCAGAACAAGAUACCAAAGAAACAGAUACCGCCAUCAAUCACAUACUCGCUGAGCGAGAGUGAAGUUAACGAAGACUUUGAAGCAGCACUGAUGUUUAAGCGACCGUCAUCA